GAUUUUGUGUGUCUGUCGCUUUGCUUGAUGUCAGUUUGUUGGGCCAAAUGGCUUUUCCCUGACAGCAAAGGCCCCGCCCCUCCUGCCACGAUAGCUUAUGCUGGAAGCAGCAGUAGCCAUAGCUUUAUCAAUAAUGACAACCAACACGAUGGUAUGAAAUUUAGCGAGAGCAUUAUCAGCCUCGCCUCUGUGUUUGACCCCGUGCAUGAAUUGGAUAUCGACGGGUUCCCAAAAGCAGAGAGAGAGAACAGCUUCAGCAUCAAUACUGCUGUGAAUCGCAGGUACGGUUACAAAGUACCCACAAGGACUCAAGCCGCCCCGUACGGCCUCAAGGUUCCUCCGCCUCCUAUACUGAAUGUCUUGCACGAUCCCCCUCCUCCACCGCCUCCUCCUCCGCCUUCUCCUCGUCCCGAGCCUUUCGUCCUCUCCGUGAACGCCUACAAAGGACCAUACAGCCCUGAUUAUCUUACACAGUCAACGAUUCGUGAACUCAAUAGAGUGCCUCGACUUGUCCCACAAUACAACCCGCCUUUAAUUUCAUCCGAGCCAUUUAUCCCAAGCGCUACGUACCAGUCAGAUGAAGCUUUUCUGCCAAGCACCUACUUCAUCCAGACGGAGGUGUCCCCGCCAGUCUACUAUCCCAAUGGACAAACCGGCAAAAUCACAGAAACGGCCUACCAGCGCCCAUCCAUUACAACUAUCAAACCAGCGACUCCCCCUCCCAAGAGACAUGUAACAGCUUACAAAGAGCCCCAGCCAUACAAGUACAAUUUAUUACCGAAAUAUACAUCAUUGCCAGUGAAGUACAAUACGCCUGCACCAUAUAAAUACAACACCCCAGAACCUUAUAAAUACAAAACCCCUAAGCCUUAUGAAUACAGUACACCUGAACCCUAUCACAACACACCCGAACCUUACCAGUACAGUACUAAACCUCCUACUUACAGUUCACAGAAAUCUUACAAAUAUGAGCCCCAGGACACCUACAAAUCUUACGCUUCGUCGUCUUAUGAUGUUCCAAAGUUGCAUCCCACCGACUCUCCUUAUAAACAUGAAAAGGGCAAGAAAUACGACUACCGGUACAACGUCGGUUCCAUCUACCACGGCACCGCCUACCGACAUCAAGAGAAGAGCGAUGGAUCAACGGUUCACGGAGAAUACCGGGUGCGGCUUCCAGACGGUCGGCUGCAAGUCGUGACGUACACGGCUGAUCACGAGAACGGUUUCGUACCCAAAGUUCGUUAUGAAGGACCUCAAACUUUAGAAGCAGCUAACAUCCACUUCCAGCCACCCACGCCAACCAAAGUAUGGUGAGCCACAGCUCUAGAAUACUGCGAACUAGGAUCUGCAGCUCUAGGAAAAUGGUUAUAGUAUUGACCUCUGAAGCUAAACAAAAAUCUACGGUAAGCUUCAGUUCUAGAAGAUAAGACUGAAGUGUUUGCCGUUUCUUGGAAGAUACCCUACUGUGACCCAUAGUUUUUCAAAACAUAUAUUAUAUAUUUACAGUUGAAGACAAUGGUGAACUGUGGCUUCCAUAAACGAGUUAUAGCACCCUGUGGUUUGAGAAAGAAAACUUCCGCAACCAGUGGAUUUGGAAGCAAGCUAUAGUGACAUGCACUUUUAGGAUGCAAGAUGCGGAGACGUGCUUUUUAGAGGGCAGGUUAAGUGACCUGUGAUUUCAGCACGCAGCUCUUGAAAGUACCUGCCGUGUUGAGUUACAGCUAAAGUGGUUGGUAAUGCAUCCUAAGUAAAAAAAGAAAAUAAAUAGCCCUCCUAAGAAUGACUAAUUAUAUUAUGAAGUUCUGCAGAAGUAAAUGAAGAAACGUAUGGAAAACCCAGUUCAUUCAUUAUCAUAGUACCUUUUUAU